CCAGAGAGGCCAGAGGAGAGCACUCGGGACAGGGGUGAAAGAUGAAGGGCCGGCGGCGCCGCCGCCGUGAGUACUGCAAAUUUGCGCUGCUCUUGGUGCUGUAUACACUCAUGCUGCUGCUGGUCCCCUCCGUGCUGGACGGCAGCCGCGAUCAGGAUAAGGGCAUCGGCCACUGCUCCAGCCUGCAGCACAGCCUGGGAGUGUGGAGCUUGGAGGCAGAGGCAGCUGGCGAACGUGAGCAGGACUCCGAGGGGCGGUCUGCCCCCGAAGUGGGCGCAGAUCAGUCGCUCAGGUCCCCAAACAACCUCAGCUUCAUAGGGGAGGCUGUGGCCCGUGAGAAACAACACAUCUAUGUGCACGCCACCUGGCGCACCGGCUCGUCGUUCCUGGGCGAGCUCUUUAACCAGCAUCCGGACGUUUUCUACUUGUACGAGCCCAUGUGGCAUCUGUGGCAAGCGCUAUAUCCGGGUGAUGCAGAGAGUUUGCAAGGCGCGCUGCGCGACAUGUUGCGCUCGCUCUUCCGCUGUGACUUCUCCGUGCUGCGGCUCUACGCGCCACCCGGGGACCCUGCCGCACGAGCCUCGGAUGCAGCUAAUCUUACCACGGCUGCCCUCUUCCGUUGGCGAACCAACAAGGUCAUCUGCUCGCCACCGCUGUGCCCUGAUGCACCCCGUGCCCGCAACGACGUGGGUCUCGUGGAGGACACCGCCUGUGAGCGCAGCUGCCCACCUGUGGCACUGCGCGCUCUGGAGGCCGAGUGCCGCAAGUACCCGGUGGUGGUCAUCAAAGACGUGCGCCUGCUGGACUUGGGCGUGUUAGUGCCCCUGCUACGCGACCCGGGCCUCAACCUGAAAGUGGUGCAGCUUUUCCGAGAUCCAAGGGCUGUGCACAACUCACGCCUCAAGUCCAGACAGGGGCUGCUCCGCGAAAGCAUCCAGGUUCUGCGUACCCGCCAAAGGGGUGACCGCUUCCACCGGGUGCUGCUGGCUCACGGGGUGGGCGCUCGUCCUGGGAGUCAAUCUCGAUCGCUGCCCUCAGCGCGCUCCGAUUUCUUCUUGACUGGAGCGCUUGAAGUGAUCUGCGAGGCCUGGCUGCGCGACCUACUGUUUGCUCGAGGUGCUCCCGCCUGGCUGCGGAGACGCUACCUAAGACUGCGCUAUGAGGACUUGGUGCGACAGCCCCGAGCCCAAUUGCGUCGCCUGUUGCGCUUCUCCGGGCUGCGCGCACUCUCUGCACUGGACGCCUUUGCGCUCAACAUGACUCGGGGCACAGCCUAUAAUGUGGAUCGGCCCUUUCACUUAUCUGCACGUGACGCCCGUGAGGCUGUCCACGCCUGGCGUGAACGCCUGAGCCAAGAGCAGGUGCGCCAGGUGGAGGCCGCCUGUGCACCCGCCAUGCGUCUGCUAGCCUACCCUCGCAGUGGAGAGGAGGGCCAUUUGGAGCCAUCCAGGGAAGGGGAGAUACCACUGGAGACUGAGGCUUAUGGUGCCUUGUAACCCUGCACCCUCACCCUCAGGGGCAGAUCCAGGUCAGAUACCAUGACUGGACUCUCAGCAUCCUGGCCUCGCUCUGCAGAAGUGGCUCACUGCAGGCCAUCGAUCACCCUGUCACAGACUGGCAUGACUUGGGACCAACUGCUGUGUAAGUCUGCUAAGCAGGAGUAUCACAAGCUGUUCAAUAAUGACAGACACAAUGAUUGAGAUGAGGUUUCCAGAGAGGAAGUGACAGUACAAUGUGGAUAUUUAUGGCCAUAAAAUAGGAAGAGCUUAGUUCCCAGGCGGAUCUUGCCUCUGCUGGAACCCUUUCAACAAGACGUCUCUACCACAAAGAAGAGAUGUGAUUUGAUUCUAUUUCACAUCAGCAGAUGUCUGGACAAAAGAAUCAAUGUGAACAAGGCUAAGGGCAGUACUGUCUGUCUUCAUUAAACUACUUCAUGUGAA